AUGCUGUUGAGCAGAAUAUACUUGACAGAGUCUCUACUGGUGACUAUAUUCAUUUUGGUUUACACAAUACCGGAAGUCCGAAGUGAUGAGCAACAACAACUUCGUCCCGCCGCUAUCAUUCCCUGGUCUCAAUACCAACGAAGGUUGGGUAAAAUGAAAGAGGGGUCGUUAGCGUAUCAAAAAGAAAGUGAUCCAUUCAAAACAAGCGACGUCUUGCCUGGUGCAUCUAAUUCGUUCUUUGGGAGUUAUGAGAAAGAUGAUUUGUCAUUGAAUAAGCAGCAGCAGCUGGCGCGUUUUGACGAAAAUGAGUCGUCGAGAACCAUACCACGAGCUCAAUAUGGCAACGUCAUUAGACCUCAGCUUCGUGGAAGACUUCCCACUGACCCAUCGGAUUUCAUGAAGAUUCCAAAAACUAAUCAAGUGGAAUUUUUAAUGCAACGAGAAUUAGAACGAGAGACUUUGGUACCACCGGAGCGGCCACACAUCGCUUCAAAAACAAGUAGUCUUCCGUCACGAAUCCCGUUAAGAAUGGAACAAACGCUUAAAGAAAUGAAUAAAAUUCCAUCACUUGCCAUCCCGAACGGAGUGCCAAUGACUGCUGGUAGUUGGGAAACCGGACAUCCACAUUAUACAGGAGAACGAAAACUUCACGCGGCUAACACAUUUGCCGGGUCUAUUCCAUAUGCAAAUAAUCUUCUUGGAAAUGAACUUCCAACAGCUCCAAUAUAUCAAAAAGUGGCUGACUCUAAUAUCGUUAGCUCUAUAUUUUCUCAAAGUCAAGCUCGUCCUGGCGCCAUCCCAACUAUGGUACAAACAUCUCAACCACAGGCUUACUUCGAAAAGUUCCUAGCCAAUGAAGCCUCACUCGACCAGUUUUCGAAACUUGCCAAGAAUCUGUUAGGAGUCGGAGGAACGGGAGAAACUAAUAGUGGAAGCGGUGGUUUGUUGGAGACAAUGACGUCAGUGCUGAGCGGAGGAAACCGAAACUUACCGACAAGUUCUGCGGCGCACGAUGGCUUAUCCCAGUAUACACCGUCGUCUGCGGGAAGACCACAAACUUCGGUUUUCCAAAAAUUGUUGAGUCAAGCCACCGAUGCUCUCAAAGACUCUUUGAACAAAAAAGCGGAAGCCAAAGACAAAACUGAUCUUGACGCUAUUGCCAAGAAAACCGACCUCUUCGCUCUCCCCAACCCUGAACCACCAAAAAAAGAAAAGCUGAGUAAAGACAAGGAGAAUUCAAUCAAGCUCUUGGAAAACAUGCCCGUUGAGCAAAGGGAAAUGCUCGAAGCUGCGAUCAUGUCAGGUGAAAUUGAUGCAGAUUCACCUGCAAUUAAAACUCUGGUGAAAAAUGAUGUCACUGAGGAAUCAAAGAAGGAAAAAGAGAACCGUCUUAUUGAGUGGAUCCGAGCAAAUCGUCCAUCGAAAACUCCUCCUGAAAAUCCAAUUCCUAAAAACGUCCCUUACUAUGGAAAGUACUUGGGAAGUUUGGCAGAGACGCCGACAACGAAAAAACAAAAAAGUCCAGCCGGCGCGUUGUGGCUAGUUGAUGAAAAGAGAAUCAUUGUGACACGAUUUGUUUUUGAAUCUGGAUCGUUACUUAAUGAAAAUGUCACUUUCUGGCUUGGACCAAAGAAACCAACUGGAAACUUUGUUGAAGAUUUUAUGCCGUCUGAAAAUGGAUUCUACGUUCGACCGAGACCAAUUGAAAUGUCAGCCUUUGCUACAAGAGAGCUGCCGCCAAUUGAUGCUAAGCCAAGACCCAAUGUGUCAGCGGUCAAACUUUUCGAAGGCAUUCCCCCAAUCGUCGCCAACGUCACAAGAGUCAAACGGGCCGAUGAAGUUACUCCUAAGCCGAUUGAGCUUUUUGUAGAAGGAGGAAUUAUGAAAGUUCGCCCUGGAAAUGGUGUGGUGAAAUUGGAAACGCAGGCAGAAACAGUGACCAGUAUACCGGAUGGGUUUAGAUUGAAACAACCGGAAUUUGAUGCAGUGGAUGAAACGGCCCCUCAACCCCUUCAAUGGUUUGAAGGCUUCCAACCGCUUAUGCUCACUCUUCCAUCCCCAAAAAUCUUCAGCGACAUCCAUUGGGUUUCCCUUAGAGACCACAAACGUAAAACAAACGUCGCUUCUGUUAUUCUGCCCAACGGUCCGCUUGUCCAAAUCCCAAAAGUAAUACGAUUAAGGUCUUUGUCGCCAAAUAGUCUAGCUUUCAAUAUCAGCUCAGGACCGAUUGAGGUGCUCGAUGUGAAAACUAUCAGAAUCAAUAAUUUCUCAUUCCAACAUGACGACGAUUCAGUGUGGAUGUUGGUUGGAAGUGAAUUGUUUCCAAAUUUAGGAGGAAAAAUUGUUCCAUUAUUUGAAGAACAAAACAGAACAUUUGAUUGCCAAGCUCUACGAAGCUAUCACAGAGAGACCCUUGUCUUCAGACUACCAGGAGAGCUGACCUGGAAAGACGUUUUCUGGUUCUCAUUUUUCUCCAUGAAACGCCUCAUAUCAUAUUCCGAAAUCUUCCUGCCAAUUAGCGAGAUGCAUUUGAUCCCCGACUUGUCUUCAAUUGCGAUGUCAAAUAUCAGUUCAAACCCAACUGGAAACCUGGCGCGCAUUGGAACAUAUACCCUAUCAGAGGAAUCAGAGAGUGAUGAGGAUGACGUUCCGACUGUUUCAAAGCCGUCUCAAGCAGAAACUGUCAAAUCAUCCGAUCUAGAGCCGUCAGCAUCAGCUCCAUCCGAAGAAGCAGUAGACAAUGAUGAUGAAUUUGGAUUUGGAUUCUUCCACAAAUCAGACGCCGAGCCAGAAGAAAAGGUCGCCGAGCCCAUCGAAAACAAAUUGGAUGAGAUUCCAGCGAGUUCACCGAUUCUUCUCUUGGAUGACAACAAAAACAGUGAGAUUCUUCAAAUUCCAAAAAGUCCAGAAACUAGCCAGCACGAUCAAAACUUCUUGGACGUCGCUGACAGUCCUCUGGAGAGUUUGAGCCGAAACAGAUCGGAAACUCCAAAUCCUCAUGAUCUCGGCUUUCAAACUUGCCAAAAUAGCCAAGUGCAGUCACCAGAAACUUCUGAAACUCCGGGUCGAUCUCGCAGUCCUGCCAGUCGCCAGUCGAACGCAGACAAUAUUCAGUGUCCAAUGCGUUCGGCUAGUCCUGAAAAUGCCUUUGGCGUCGACACUACUGCUUCUGAAGAAUCUCAAAAUUUGAACAUUGCAGGCGAUCAAGACUCAUAUGAAAAUAUUCACAACAACGUUGCCACCGACGAGUUCAACGCGACCGAAGGAACAUCUCAGCAGUUUGAUGCUCCAUUAGAUUUUGGAAGUCCACUGAGAUUAGAUGAGCCAUACAAUGAGAUGAAUAUGCCAACGAACAGCAAUCCAGAAUCUUAUCAGAAUCUGAAUUUUGAUGAUGAAGCCACGAUGGACGUUCCAGACUCGAGUACCCAAAAUCUCGAUUUCUCCAAAACACCGGAGCCAACAGAGAGCUUGGAAAAUCUGGAUGUGGAUUCUGGAGUGGAAAAUAUGGAGUCGACAUCUGAAGAUCUUGCAAUGCCGUUGGACUCGGAACCAUCUGAGAACCUAGAUGUUGCCGGAAGCUCACAAGCAGAGCCAGAAGAAGUUCCAAUGGAGACUGAUCUGAACGUGGAUGUAUUGGAUAACACGUCGAAACAGAAGAAUGCUGAAUCGACUCAGGAACACGGAAGCUGUGGAGGCCCAAACGAAACUGAAAUCGCAGAGAAGCCAGAAUCUCCAGUUUCAUUAGCAGAAGCCGUCUCUACUCCAGUUGAAGCUGAAGUCACUGAGAAGCCAGAUAGUCCAGCUCCAUCUACAGAAUCUGUUCCAGUUUCUGAAGCUGUGGAAGAAGCUGUGGAUACAGCCAAGAGCCCAGAAGCCGUUUCAAAUCCAACGGAGACUAAGAAUCCAGAGAGCCCAGCUGCACCAUCUGACAACGCAGUUCCAGCUGAAGAAGUUUCAGGCUCAUUGAGCUCCGAAGGUGUUGAAAAGCCAACGAGUCCAGUGGAGUCUGAAAUUAAAGCAAAGAGCCCGGAAAGCAGUCAACCAGAAGCAAUCACGGAGACGCUGGAAACCCCGUCAUCAUCGGAAGCCGCGGAAGCUGUGGAAGUUGCCAAAAUUCCAGAAGCUGCGGAAAAACCAGAGAGCCCAUAUGAGCAGGAUCUUGAAGUUGCGAAAACCCCAGAAGCUGUGAAAGAAGCAGAAGAAUCCCCAAUGGAUGAAGCUGCUCCAGCUGAUGUUUUAGUCGCUGAAGAUCAUCAGGAUCUAGACCCACGGAGAAGCCCGGAGAAUCCAGUUGCAAUUGAGCCAGUUGACGAAGUGCAGAAUCUCCAAAACUUUGAGGAUGAAAUGGCAGAGGUUAUUGAACGUCCAGAAAGACCAAGAGCUCCGAUCAAUCUAGUUCAACUAGCCCCAGAAGCUCGUGAAAGCCCAGAGAUUCAGCAGCUCUUUGGAAACGUAAAUGUUCCGCAGAUUCCGGAAGCUGCGCCAUUUGCGCCAACUCACAGGAUUAUUGCACCAAUUGCUAAGCGUCCAGAAUCCCGAAGCCCACCACAACUUGACAGUCCGGACCGUCCACAUAAUCGAAGCCCUCCAGUGUUCUUCGAUCUGGAUGCAGCACCGGUGGAGCCACCUCCUGAAAUUCCAAGAACACCAGAAACGGCGCCGAUGCCCGAAAAAGCAACAACGCCGGAAGUGGAGCGUGAGUCGAGUGCUGAGCCAAUGGAAGAGCGUGUAGCGGAACCUGUGGCGGAACCUCUCAUGAAGCCUGUCACAGAGCCAGUUGCAGAACCAAUGGUUGACGUUAAAAAGAGUCCAGAAUCAGUGGCAGAGAGUCCAGAAGCUUCCCAAAGCACGUCGGAUACUGUGAGCCCUGCUGAACCAAAAGAAGCUAAUCCGAAGAAGGAAGAGAGCCCAACAACUUCAAGAAGUCCAUCACCAGGAAAGCUAGAGAGCCCUGUUAUGGAACUCACUCCUGUCAAGGACGAGAGAGCCAAACCUCCACAUUUGUUGGAAAAGAAAUCUGAACCUCCAAAGAAAAAGGCAGGACGACCACCAGCAGCAGCCGCCAAGAAGUCAGAUAGUGAGUCGGAUUCUAGCGAUAGCGACGAUGACGAUGAGCCAAUGUCAAAAGUAGCAAUGAAGAAAGCAGCACCAAAUGGCAAACCAGGACCAACAUCUGGUGGCAACCCAUGGGAAUCUCCAAGACAGGAGCCUGUCGGAGGAGUCGUCCAGCCACGUACCGAACCACCAAAAGGAAAGCCAACUCGUCACACCAACUGUCUCGAUCAUUUGUUGUUCACUGUCAUUAAGGAGGCGGUGAAGCACAAACACUCAUGGCCAUUCCAGGAACCAGUCAAUGCGGUGGCGUUGGCCAUUCCAGACUACCAUAAGACGAUUACUAGACCCAUGGAUUUGCGUACAAUUGAGAAGCGUCUUCGAAACUCUUACUAUUGGUCGGUGGACGAUGCAAUUAAGGAUAUCAAACAAAUGUUCAACAAUUGUUACAAAUUCAAUCCACCCGAGUAUGAUGUGUACAAGAUGGCAAAAACGCUGGAGAGCCAAAUGAUGAGCCAGCUCGCUAAACUUCCUACUGACCUGAACACCCUCUUCCAAAAUUGCAAGACGUUCAACGACAACAAUGAUGACAUCUAUAUUAUGUGUGAAAAUGUCGAAGGUGUCGUGUUGAGAGGCUUGGAAUGUUUGCCGGCAAAGGAAGUCGAGGCCGAUUUUCCGGAGCAUCUUCGAAAGGCAAUGUUCCCACGUGCAGGUGGACCAGGAAAGCCGCCAAAGACGCCAAGUAAACGUGGACGAAAGAGCACUCGUGGCAGGAAGAAAGGCAUGCCUCCAAGAUCUGCCACGUCAUACAAAGAUGAAUCCGUAGACGACUACGACGACGGAAAGACGGAUUCGUUUAAUUAUGAUGAGGACGAAGACGAAGAGCUUUCAAUUACUCCAGUGAAGACGUCUGCAAAGAAUACAUCCAUAUCCGUACAGCCUGUUGAAGUGGAAGAGGUCAAGCCAGUGCUAGCAUCACCACCAGCUAAAAAACGAAAAGCAGAAAAUGGAGAGGUUGCAACUCCUGCUAAAGUCGCUGCACCUGCUCCUGCACCAACACCAGCUCCACCAUCUCCUGUUGUUGCUUCACCAGCGCCAACACCAGCAGCGGUCCCAGCCACUCCCGUGACUCCAGCGCCUCCACGAAAGAAUCCAAACUCAAUGAUCGACUGGAAACGUUUGCCACCACGAUGGACCGGAAAGCAAGCUGAAUGGCAAAAGUUUUGUGUCCGUCUCCUCAAUGAGAUGCACAGUUUAAAGAAUAAGAGCUUCGCUCAAGUUUUCUAUGUGCCAGUGGACCCAAUCAAGCUAAAGAUUGCUGACUAUUUGGAUGUCGUCAAGAAUCCAAUGGAUCUCCAAACAAUGAAAAAGAAGUUGGACCAUAAGCAAUAUGCCGAGCCAGAGGAGUUCGUAGCAGAUAUGAAUUUGAUGAUUGAUAACUGCUGUUUGUACAAUCCAAAGGGUUCAUCGGUAUAUCAAAAUGCUCUGGAUCUGAAGGCACUUUUCGAGCAACGUUGGAAACUUUUCCCAAGCCCUGGCGUUGAUCCGAUCGUCUCCGACUCCUACAUUCAUCAGAAUCUGAUCGUCAACACUGACUACAUUGAAGAUGAGAGAAUCAACGGAUACCUCAGCGCUGUUCGAGAAGAGGAGAAGAAGUGUGCGGAGAAAUUGGAGAAGCUUCGCAGUAUGAGUGAUGGUCUCUACAACAUCAAGCUCCAACGACGAGACGCUAGACUCGCUGGAAACAUUGCUCCAAUGUUGGAACCAAAUCAGAUGGCCGAGCUGGAGCAGCUAGGAAUCAGCAUCAAGAAUACUGCAGUGCUGGUGCCAGAGUUGAUUUCUCCAGCGACAUCUGUGAGAUCUUCUGCGCGUGCUCCAGUGCCGAAGAUUAUUGAUGAUAUUGGACCAUCGCCAACUAAAGCGAGGAAGAUUUCCAAACCUCGUCAAUCGCUUGCUUCUAACGCAUCGACCGCCGCCUAUCCAACACCAACUGGAAAUCCUCGUGGACGAAAGCCCAAGAAACGUCCCAUCAAACAAGAUUUCUCACCUGCCUAUGAACCUCUACCACGUACUAGCGCCGCUCCAAAAAUUGUUCCCGUCGGUCCACGCCGAUAUGUGUCGGUUUACAACAGAACUGAAGUUUCGAUGGCAGAAAAAGUGAAACUCACCCAGGUCAUCGCCGAUAUGGAACCAUACUGGAUCAUGCCGAUCCUUCGCAUCAUUCAACUCUCGCAAGAGUACAACAAACAAGAUAUCAUCACUUUGAAGACAUUGUGCGAGGAUGAAAUCCAAAUCGAUGAUGUGCCUGAUCAUUUGUUCAUUGAAGUUGCCGACUAUGUGCAAAUGUUCCAGACGGAUCGAGAAAAAGCGCUUUCUGCGAAGGAACGAUAUGAAACUGAAGCGAAAAUCCACGGAUUCACUGUCUACGAUGGGUUGAGUGUGGUGCCAAAGUCGAUUCCAUUCUCAAAACUCAAACGCCUCGACACCCAUACCCCAUCACCAUCGGCAUCUCGUACUGGUGUACCGUCUUCUGACUCGGAUUCAGAUUCGGGAUCAGAGUCGGGCAACUCGUCGGAUUCCGAAGGAGAGCCGCAACCAAAAAAGAAGGCACCCACCAAGAAAGUGGUUCGCCGUCGUGCGAUUGAGAUCAGCGCAAGCUCAUCGAGAGCGUCGACACCUGUGGCCCCAAAUCCAGUUGGUCGUCCACCGAAAGCCAAGUCGGCCAACGUGGCACCUCAAAAGCAUCAGCUAUCGGAGAGCUCGAGUUCGUCGGAUUCUUCGUCGGACUCGUCCGACUCGGAAUCGGAGACAAAAGCACAGGUCGGAAUACCGGGAGCACAAAAAGGAGGCCCACCUGGGAAAAAAUUGGGUUUGAAAGGUCCUCCAGUCAAGCAACCACCUCCACAGAAGCCAAAAGGACUCUCGAUUCUUGAUGAGCUGCUUCCCGAGACUCCUGCCAAACAACCUCCAACUCCAUCAACAAGUCGACCGAUCGCUCGUGGACCCAGCCAUGAUCAGAAAGCGCCAGUGUCCGAGGCAGAGCAUCGUUUGCAAAAGGAACAGCAGCACGCGGAGGCUCUUCGUUUGCAAGCUCAGGCUCGCCGUCAAAGAGAGCAACGCGAACAAGAUUCGUUCAACAACCAAGCCGAAGUUAUGGCGGAGUUUGAGUUCAACGACUACUAUUGA